AUGGAGAUUGACGCACUCUAUCAAGCAGAUGCAGGUUUGCUAACUACUGCAUUUUCAGCAAUAAUGGGUUUACACUUGAGUAAAAAUGUUUCCAAUUCUGAAGAAGUACAGAAAGUUUCGUUGUUUGAUCAUCAUAAAACAACAUAUUCAUAUGGUCGGAUUGGUGGAACACCUGUUACUUCAACAGCGGGCAAUCAAUGUUUAUUAUUUAUUAAGAUGCUAAAUGGUGCACUAAUUGAAUGUGAAGUAAAGUCAGGUACUGGUAUUGAAGAUAUUAAAGCACGUAUUCAGGAAUUAGAAGGAAUACCAUCUGAUCAACAACGUCUCUUAUUUCGUGGAAAGCAGUUAGAGAAUGGUAAAAUCAUGGAUGAUUAUAAUAUAACUCCUGAAUCUACAAUUCAUCUCGUAGCAAAGUUGCAUGAUACCAAACUAGUUAUUCUUGAUUCUGCAACUUUAGAUCCAAUACAUAAUUAUGAUUUUACAAAUAUAAACGAUGGUGGCACAAUAUUUAUGCGAGGUGGAGAGAGAUAUGUUCGUCCGUGUGGAUUCAAACGAUUUGCUCUCAAUGUUUCUCAUAAAUAUGAAAAUUUACAAUGGAUAGGUUGCUAUAAUGGUGUAGGUGAAUGGCCUGUAUCAUAUCAUGGAACAGGUGACGCUGAAAAUAAAACGAUUGCACAGGUUGGCUAUGAUUUAACACGAGGAAAACGAUAUGCAUUUAAUCAUGGCGUCUACUCGACUCCAGAUAUACACUUAGCAGAAAAAUAUGCAAAAAAGUUUACUUAUAACAAAGGACAAUAUAUAGUUGUUUUUCAAAAUCGUGUAAAUCCUGCAAAUUUGCUUAAAUUGGGAUCCAAUCAAGUAGGAACAGGAGAUUUUUGGGUUAGUCCAAGCGAAGCAGAUGUACGUCCAUAUGGUAUUUGCAUUCGAAAAGUAUAA